AUGGCGAACACAGAAUGCAUUGGAAUGGAAGAAGUUAACGAAGAGACCUUUGAAUCUGCAACUAACCAGCAAGGCGUAGCUGAAGAACCAACAGGAGAAAUGACAGAAACUGCUAUUCAUGAGAAUGAGUCGGAAGAUGUUCAAGGAGAGAAGAACGCAGAGAAUAUUGAAGAUAAGACUGAAAAAGAAAUCAAAUCUAAAAAAAGGUUAUCUAUCUUUCGUAAAUCGAAGAAAGAGAAAAAAUCAGAGACUGAGGAGCCGGCUGACGAAGGCGGUUUUGUAAAAGAAGAUAACAAAGAAAACAUUUUAGAUGAUGUCACCGUGGAAAAACAAGAAAAAACAUCCCGGUGGAAGCGCAAAAGUGGAAAGAAGAAUGAAAUACCUGUGAAGGAGAGCACUACACAGACACCUACCUCUCAUGACACAAAAGAAGAAACUGCAGAAGCUCAAGCGGAAGAAGAAGAGGAAGGAAAAAUAGUUUCAAAGAAGUUGCGAUCAAUGUUUAAACGAAAAAGUAACCGAGCUUCAAAAACUGCUUCAGACAAUGCUGUCACGCAGACUGUUGAGACUGCAGAAGAAGUUGGCGUAGAAGAAGAUGUAGUUGCAGAAAAACCUAAGAAAACUCGCAUGUGGAAACGAAGGAGUGAAAAGAAAACUAGUAACGAAGUUGUCGCCACUCAAACAGAGAAUGUAGAGCUGGAAAAAGAAACUACCACAGGAGAAGAACCUUGUGAAGAUGUUGACGAUUCAAAAACAAAAGCCGAGGAGAAAGGUGAAAUUUCUACGAAACCUCGAAGAAGGUCUCUCAUGAAGAAAUUUAAGAAAAAUACCAAAACAACAAAGUCAGACGUGAUUACCGACGAGAAUGAGAAGCAUGUGGAUGAAGAGUCUAAAAUGAAAAAAGAGGAAAACAUCGAGGAUGGAGAGCUGAGAAACAAUCCUUUUCAUGAUUGGUUUGAGGAGAAUCGAAUCGAGGAGGUUACUGAACCAGAAGUAUUGCUAUCACCUGAAGAACCAAUUAAUCCAAUAGAUGAAGAAGACGGUGGUGUGUAUACUGGAGAUGAGUAUUUAACGGAACCGGAAGAAAGCAAAGUGGAAGUCAUUGAGAUUAAAGUCGAUCUUGCUGAAACGGAAGAUGCCCAGGAUGAGACAAAUGAAUCUGAUCUAACUACGGUUACAGCUCUUCCUGACAUAAACUCUGAUGCUUUUACUGCGUCAGUUGAAGCUGCUAAGGAAACAAUAGCUGUUGCCGAUAAAGAAGAAAUAAAGGGGGAAGAGGAAGGGGGAGAGGAGGAAGAGAAGGAAGAAGAGGAGGAGGAAGGGACUUCAGAGAACGCGAUAGAAAUAAGCAAGGAGAAUGUAGAACCGGAUGCCAAAAGCGAGAAUAAAGAAGAAAAUAAAUGUCAAGGUUUUGUUUUGGUUGAUCAUUUGAACGAUAAACAAAAAGACGAAUCUUAUAUUCUUGCUAAGAAAGCCUUAAAUGCAUAUAGAAAAGGACAGCUUAACCAUGCUUAUUGUCAAGCUUGUUGUACAUUGAUCUUCUUUUUUUGUCUUGAACAACCUCGUACACAGGGCAUAUAUUAUAUCUCUUCCGACAUCGGGACGCCGUCCAGAUAUAAAGAGACAAUAGGGGCUGGGAAGGAGGUUGUGUCUUGCCAAUGUUUUCUAUAUUCUAAUGAUUACUAUUACUGGUCGUUUUGCGGAUUUUGGGAAGAAAUUAGUUAA